CUUCGCUCCCCAGGCUGCGAGAGAACAUUUAUCACAGUGAGUGCGUUAUUCUCCCAUAAUCGAGCCCACUUCAGAGAGCAAGAGCAGUUCUCCUGUUCAUUCCCUGGCUGUAACAAGCAGUACGACAAAGCCUGCCGACUGAAAAUCCACAUGAGGAGUCAUACAGGUGAAAGGCCUUUUAUCUGCGACUUCGAAGGUUGUGGCUGGUCUUUCACCAGUAUGUCCAAGCUGCUGAGACAUAAAAGGAAACACGAAGAUGAUAGGAGAUUUAUGUGCCCGGUAGAAGGCUGUGGGAAGUCCUUCACAAGAGCAGAACACUUGAAAGGCCACAGUAUAACUCACCUUGGGACAAAACCAUUUGAGUGUCCAGUAGAAGGCUGUUGUGCAAAAUUUUCAGCGCGAAGUAGUCUGUAUAUUCAUUCCAAAAAACAUCUUCAGGAUGUGGACUCAUUAAAGACUCGUUGCCCUAUAUCGAGCUGUAAUAAAUUGUUCACUUCCAAACACAGUAUGAAGACACACAUGGUCAAACAGCAUAACUUCAGCCCAGAUCUCCUAACUCAGCUCGAAGCAACCAGCUCCCUCACACCCAGCAGUGAGCUCACUAGUCCAGGACAGAGCGAUCUCAGCAGCAUAGACCUCGUUUCCCUGUUCUCCAAUGUGUCUAGUAACAAUUCUGGAAUUGCAACAGACAUGGCGCUCGUGAACUCUGGAAUUGUCACGAUUGAUGUUGCUUCAGUGAGCUCAACGCUCGGAGGCAACCUGCCUGUCAGUAACAGCUCUUUAAGCCAGGCAGUCGAUCCCUUGAUACUGGUAGCAAGCAGCGAUAUGCCGCAGAGCCUGGACAGUUCACUCUUGCUGGGAACCAGUGCAACAGUUCUACAGCAAAGCACUUUAAAUUUGGAUGAUGUACAGACUGUCAAUGCAGAAGCCUUGGGUUCGCUGGCGUCUCUUUCGGUGAGGAAUUCCAGUCAAGACGUGCACGGUUUGACGUCCAGCAAUAACUUAACAAUUGACACAGCCACUUUGACUCCUUCUAGUAGCCUUGGUGGUACCAACGUGCCUGAGUUACUAACACCAACGAAAGUCGAACGGAAUGUGCUUCCUAGCUCGGACGUUGUUGGUCAACAAGAGGGCAGCAAAGUAGUGACACAGUUUGUCUUCUCCAACCCUCCAGGGAGCUACAGCGCACAGAAAGAAAUGGAUCUUGGCACAGUGACCAGCAGCUCGGUUUUGGAGAGCAGUGGGUCUGCAAGAACAGACUACAGAGCCAUUCAGUUAGCCAAGAAAAGGAAACAAAAAGGGAAUGGGAGCAGCACAGGGGCCUCUGGCUCUGGUCAGAGGAAAAGCAAAGGUGGUAAAGUAAGCCCUACCAACUUCUCAUCAUCCACUCCUGGCAGUCGACUGGGUGGCAACAUAGUUCUACCGAACGGAGAGCUGACAAUAAGGGACCCUGCCACUGGAGCCCAGUAUGUGCAAAUUCAGCUUCUCCAGGAUGAUUCCCCGGGAGAGGGAGAUUUGCCCUUUCAGCUGAGCUCUCAGUCCUCCUCGUCACAUUCUCAGCUUACGGUGGAUUUACCUGUUCACAUACUGCAGGAACCACACAAUUCCACCGAAGAUGAUGCAGGCUCUGAUAACUCUCAGUUCACUGGAAGCACAAUAAACUUACAGGAUCUGGAAUGACUGUUAAGAACAGUUACUUGAAAACAAAUCGGGCAACCAUGUCUUGUCAGACCGAGAUAACCGUGUGGGUCUUUUUCCAAGGAAAAUACGAAAACUAGGAGUCCUGGAUUAUGGUUGCACUCUUUGCAAUUUGCUAAUGACAGUUGCAGCUGACAGAUUUUCUUAAAAAAAAAAAAAAAAAGUAAAUCCCACUUGAUGUGCCUGUGUAAGAUAC